GUUCCGUAGUUGGAACCGUGUUUUGGUUGCGUAGCAACAGCGCACAACAUUUAUCUUGGAGUUUUGAAUGCUAAAGGUCUGAGGUGCAGUUUAAGAUGUCUGUUCCUUUCUCCAACACAAACCUGCGUAUUCCCAAAGGGUUUGGGAAUUUAUUGGAGGGCCUUGCCAGAGAGGUGUUGAGAGACCAGCCUGGAGACAUCCCCGCGUUUGCUGCACUUUACUUUGCCAAGCGGCUUAAAGCCAGAGAGGGUGACUUCAUUUUCGUCUUGCCUUCAUCCAUAUACACAUUGUUUCGGUUAUUUCACGAAAGUGGCCUUGAUCCAGCAGAGUGGGGUGCAAGGUUAGAAGACAGGUUCUACAAUAAUCAUGCAUUUAAGGAUACAGCAAGCUCCAGUUCACCUAAAGCGAAUGCAAGAAAUAAAACCGUUGAUUCUGGAACUUUUGGAAACAAUGGAUCUCAACACUUCAUAGCAAAAGACCUCAAUGCUAAUAAUUCUGGUAAUUCAGUCGACACUGCAGUAAAGAAGAAAUGUGAGUUCGAUAAGAACCUAGAUGAGGAAUCCGGUGAGGCAGAACAUGGACGUGCUGCAGAGUUUUCCUAUGUGGGGCGAGCAGAUGUUGAUGCUCAAGAGCUCAAAAACCCCAGUGAGGUUCCAGAGGUACACACAGAGGUACAGAAAGACAAUGAGGCGGCACAAGAAUCUGUAGACAUUGACAUCUGCAGAUCUGAACUUGAGCCAACACCUCUUCCUUCCUUUGGUGGUCUCGCAAACGUGGAUGUAUGUGCUCAAGAAAUAAACCCCCCUUUAAGUGCACGUUUUGAAUCAAAUGAGAACAACAGAGACUUGGAAAGCCCUUUGCUGCCGGACGGUGAACAUUUAAAAUCGCAGAAUGUGCAGAAUUCACCAAAUAACCAAGUAUCUUUCAUUGAAACUCAUUCACAUAUUGAUCAGGAUAUAGGCAAACAAGCAGAUGAAUUGUGUGAGGAUGAAAACACAGAGGAACCAGAAUUUUAUGGUCAUGUUGAAGAUUCAGAACAGGAUUUCUCAUUACUGGAGGACCCUGGCCUAGAGGAGAAGAUCACUGAGAAGGUUUACAUGGAGGAGUCAACAGAAACAACCGAUGUUCUUAAAAAAGACAUAGCUGAAACAAGUAGGACAAGUAAAGUUGACGCAGAGCAAGAAACAGAGGAGCAUAAUGAAGAUAAAGAUGAAUUAUUGCUCAGUGAAGACUAUGAAACCAGCCAUGAGUACAGCAGCACCACUGAAUUUAUAAAAGAUGAACCUGCUGUGGAAACAAUCGGAAUUAAAGACACAUACAUUAACUACGCUGAUGAAACGUAUGAUAGUAAAAGUGAAGUCGUAGAUGUGCUAGAUGAAGUUGUAAUGGGCACUGAUCAUCAAUCCUCCACUUAUACAGGUGAGCACGAAGAUGAGAACAGCAUUGAUGAACAGAGUGCUUCUAAAAUUAGGGAUGCUAUGGUGGACGAAGACCUUUUGGAAAGUCAGACUGAUUCCCAAAUGAUUGACUAUGACUCUGACGCAGAGGUUACACGGGAUGUGACAAGCAAUGAGAUUUUAAAUAUCGAUGCAAUGGAAAAGGAUCCAACCACAGAGACCUUGAAUGAUGGCAGCGAUCUUGACAGUGAUGGUUGUGAUGCUGAAGAGAUGGAGCCAGAGGAAACUGAGAGAGAAGCAGAGGUCACGAAUGAACAUCCUACCGAAAACUCAGAGACUAAUGAAGAUCAAGAGGAUCGAUCUGAGCUCAAUCUGGAAUCAAAACUUGACACUGAGAGCCAGGAGAAUCCUGAAAGCAGUGAACAAAAGGAGGAACGCAACCAACCACAGGAGGAAGAGGACAUUAUGGACAUCCCCUUGGAUGACCCAGAAGCCAACAAGGCAGCCGCCAAAAUCCAGGCCGGCUUUCGUGGUCACAUGACCCGAAAGAAGAUGAAACCUGGUGAAAACUCCGGGGAGGAGGUGAGCAGCAGUGGUGAGGCCCUCAAUGGCAGCCAAGGAGACACAGCAGGGGGAUCAGAUGAAGCAGAGACAGAUGCCACAUCUGGACCAGAACAGUAAAGACUUCAAUGUCGAUCUCAAGGACGAUUUCCGCAGAGGGACUUUUUAUGUCGAAAAAGUAGUAAAUUAGGCUGGAUAUCUCAUUUGAUGUGUGAACUUUCUCUGCUUAUUAUCCAGCCUGGGUGAAUAAAUUCUCCAGCAUGCUUUUGCUUCCCACAGACAGGCAUCUGUAUACUUCCUAAUAAUGUUUUAUUCAGAUAUUUGUUUGAAUUAAGAAUGAAUGGUGUACAAUCUAACAAACGGUUUUCUCUUCACUCUUCAGUCAGAUAGACUAAUGCAUCAUGGUUGACUUGGUUGAUAUUUCUUGUUUUGUUUCUUUGCAGUGGUGGUCUGUUUUGACUACUUUCAGUAUAUGUAGCCUCAGAUAAUUUGUUAUUUGUCACAAUAUGUUAUCAGUAUAAUUCUUUAUAAUGGUGUUGGCUGAUUUGUUUGGUUUUCUCCUUGUAAUAUGUAAGUGGAUCUGUUUAAAAGAUGAGGAAAAAAAAUCAGAGCUUCCAGAAAAGUACUGUACUGUAUAUGGCAUGGCAAGACUGAAUUUAUUUAUUUUAAUUUCAUAAUUUUGUUAAAUUUAUUAUAAUUAUUUAUUAAUCAUUAAGUAAUUUAAAGGUAAUGCAUAUCAUUUUUAUGAAUUAAUGUGUGACUAAGAUCUCAAUGCUGCUUAUUGAAUGACAGAGAAGAUCAUAUUGCAUGUUGACAUCGUCCUCAUUAAACUCUGUAUCAAUUGAAAGUAAAUAAAUAUUCAGAAAUGUC